GGAAAGGGGCGGGACCACUUCCGGCUUGAAGGGGGUAGGGCAGUCUCCUAGUUUCGAAGGGGCUUGGAGAGAUUGGACAUCCUCGGGAGUUGUAGGAGGACGAGGCUCAGCUCUUGCCAGGCCAAUUUGAGACAUGUCUGACACAAGUGAAAGUGAUGCGAGUCUAACUCGCUUCCAGGCUAAAGCUUCAGAUAAGGACAGCGACUCUAUGAUGCAGACCCUAUUGACAGUGACCCAGAGCUUGGAGUUCUCAGAGACACCAAAAGCCUCAAAGGCACCAGAAGUCUCAGAGGCUGUGAAGGUCUCAAAAGGCCCAGCAGUUGCAAAGGCCACAAAGGUCUCAAAGGCCCCAGAGGCUCAGGAGGCAACUGCCGCCCAGGCUUUACCCACCACUCAGCUGACUGAUACCCAGGUUCUGGCAGCUGAAACCAAGAAUCCAAUAGCUGACACCAAGACACAGAAUGCUAACCCACGGUCUGUGACAGUGCCUGCCACUGAGACCAAAAAGGUCAGCUGUGUGACUGAUACAAAGGUCAAUACGAAGGCCCCAGAGACUGAGGUUACUGCCUCUCAGUCUCCUAAAGAUGAACCUGAGCCUGAGGGUACAGCUGCCCAGGCUCAGGAAAAUCAGGAUACUCGGCCCAAGGUUAAGGCCAAAAAGGCCCGAAAGGUGAAGCAUCUGGAUGGGGAAGAGGAUGGCAACAGUGAUCAGAGUCAGGCUUCUGGAACCACAGGUGGCCGAAGGGUCUCAAAGGCCCUAAUGGCCUCAAUGGCCCGUAGAGCUUCAAAGGGUCCUAUAGCCUUUUGGGCCCGCAGGGCAUCAAGGACUCGGUUGGCUGCUUGGGCCCGGAGAGCCUUGCUUUCCCUGAGGUCACCUAAAGCCCGUAGGGGCAAGGCUCGCCGUAGAGCUGCCAAGCUCCAGUCAUCCCAAGAGCCAGAAACAUCACCACCUAGAGAUGUGGCCCUUUUACAGGGGAGGGCAAAUGACUUGGUGAAGUAUCUGUUGGCUAAAGACCAGACGAAGAUUCCCAUCAAGCGUGCAGACAUGCUGAAGGACAUCAUCAAAGAAUACACUGAUGUAUACCCUGAAAUCAUCGAACGAGCAGGCUAUUCCUUAGAGAAGGUAUUUGGGAUUCAAUUGAAGGAAAUUGAUAAGAAUGACCACUUGUACAUUCUUCUCAGUACCUUAGAGCCCACUGAUGCAGGCAUACUGGGAACAACCAAGGACUCACCCAAACUAGGUCUCCUCAUGGUGCUCCUUAGCAUCAUCUUCAUGAAUGGAAAUCGGUCCAGUGAGGCUGUCAUCUGGGAGGUGCUGCGCAAGUUGGGGCUCCGCCCUGGGAUACAUCACUCACUCUUUGGAGAUGUGAAGAAGCUCAUUACUGAUGAAUUUGUGAAGCAGAAGUACCUGGAUUAUGCCAGAGUCCCUAAUAGCAACCCCCCUGAGUAUGAGUUCUUCUGGGGCCUGCGUUCCUACUAUGAGACCAGCAAGAUGAAAGUCCUCAAGUUUGCCUGCAAGGUACAAAAGAAGGACCCCAAGGAAUGGGCAGCUCAGUACCGAGAGGCAAUGGAAGCAGAUUUGAAGGCUGCAGCUGAGGCUGCAGCUGAAGCCAAGGCGAGGGCUGAGAUUAGAGCUCAAAUGGGAAUUGGGCUCGGCUCUGAGAAUGCUGCUGGACCUUGCAACUGGGACGAAGCAGAUAUUGGACCCUGGGCCAAAGCCCGGAUCCAGGCAGGAGCUGAAGCUAAAGCUAAAGCCCAGGAUAGUGGUGGUGCCAGCACUGGUGCCAAUACAAGUACCAGUGCCAACGCUAGUGCCAGUGGUGGCUUCAGUGCUGGCACUGGCCUGACUGGCACUCUCACAUUUGGGCUCUUCACUGGCCUUGGUGGAUCUGGUGCCAGUAGCAAUGACAGCUCUGGUGCCUGUGGUUUCUCCUACAAAUGAGAUCUCAGAUAUUGAUAAUCCCAGAAGUCCUUCUCUUCAAGCCAGGGUGCAUCCUCAACCUACUCAACCCAGCACUCUAGGCAGUCACUAACAAUCAAUUGAAAUUGACACUCUGCAUUAAAUCUAUUCACAGUUACUGAA